AUGCAGACGUGGUCAAGCGGUCACCACAAGCGCGAGCGCUCGUCCAGCGUGGUGCUGCUGGGUAAAUUGUCGGCGAUUGUGCGGCGUAGUAGCGUGUUUCAAUCUGAUCGGGAAGACGUGCACAGCAGCAACAGCAACAACAGUAAUGAGGACAAGGAGCCCUACGACGAUGACACAGAGGAGGUCACAUACCGUACGCGGCGUUGCAGCAUGGGAGCGACGCUCAUAGCGCAGUCAAAGAUAACCACAUGCGGUCCGCUGAGCAAUGAAAGCUGCAAGAAAGGCAAUGGGCGUGCGAUGAUUCAACGGCUCCAGUUUUAUCCGGCGCAGCCUCUUUGUACAGCAGCGCUCGCGGGGCGAUUGAGUCAUGACGAGCUCAUGCGGAGAACGACGCUGGAAGGGCAGAUGAGGGAGUUUAGUGCCUUACAUGAAAGCUUUGCGCCAUUGUCGAUGACGCCGAACGAUCAGGAGGAGAAAGAGAAGGUGACUGAAGCCGAGGAGGUAAACACUUAUGAACUCGACAACAACGAACAGGAGAUCGUUGAGGAGGAGGAACGCAGGACUGAUCGAUGUUCCGAGGAGGAUGUUGCUGUUGAAGAUGCUUCCGGUAGUUAUAAAGAGGAUGAUGAACACGACAAUUUGGAGAACAAAAAAGUCUUUGAGAACAGCGAGCUAGAUUUUGAUCCGGCAAACAUGCGGAUAAGCGUGCGCAAGCUGAUGAACCGGAUCAAGCGUGAGAGUUUACUGGAUGAGUCGGACAUGCAUUUUGGAAACGCAAGCGAAGAUUUGUCGAACCAAGAUGACGACUGCUAUGAGAACGAUGAUAAUGAGGAGGAGGACAAAAAUGUUGACAAUAUUGACUACUUGGACAAGCUCGGUCUGGAUAACAACCGCGACGAUGAUAGAUUUAGCAGUGACCAAGAAGAGGCGCUCACAGAGCUGGCACAAGAGCUGAGUCCCACCGAGUACCGUUUACAACAGCACCGAAGAACUCGUCUACUGAGCUGUGAAGCUGAACACGUGAUACUGUCAACUCAGGACCAGCUUACCUCGAGCGUGCGUCGCUUAGUGAUCGAGCUCAAAGACGAUUCGGAUCACAUGUGCAAGCCACUGGCCCAAUCCCACGGAAUCCGCCGCAUAACCAUACUAAACCCGCUGCGUAGGAGAGCUGGGUCAUGUCCGUCUGCGUAUGAUCUUAACAUCCCGUCUCCAAAUGAUGAAGGGCUUCCAAUUCCUACGCCACUACGUAUUAGUCCUGCGUUCACUCCUCAAGAAGCUCAUCCUGGCAAGAAGAACAAGAAGAGUGCGUUCUCGAGGAUCGGUCCACGCGUGUUGAAGACGCUGCAUUUGCGCAAGAAGCGUAAGACGUACUUGUUCACAGACGAAGAGCUAGAGACAAUUGAAGGUGCCCGAUGGAAGAUUGUCGAGCUGGCUUUCCGUUUCGGUGGCAAGCACCGUUCGUAUCUGGUCCAGGCUAUCAAUAUGUUCUUUCCAAUGAUAAAGUAUGGCCGGCGAGGUGGUGCCCAUGCUACCAGACUCCAUUGUAAUUGUUGCGGAACCCUGCAGUGGCAGCACAAACGCGGACGACUCAGCCAAGCGGUCGACCUGGCAGGAACACUGCAAGUGCUUGACGGACGGCAAACUGCUGUGUUUCGCAAGUACCCAUCCACGAAACUGCUCGAGGCGUGCUCCUUUUCGGUUGUUUUCCGGGACCGCACUUUAGACCUAGAGACUCAGAGCUCAAGCCAUCGCGACUGGUUGGUCAGCGCUCUUCGGACGAUUGUAGCCUACGCACGCCGCCAGCGUUCCAUUGAGCAGCAGGCCAUUGCUGAACGUGCAAUCCUGCCGCUGGAGGAUUAUGUGUUACCACCUUUGGCCCCGCUCAUGCAAAAUUUGUCGCCUUCUGCAGCCCAAGCAAGCCGACGACUUGAUAAAGUACUAGUAUCGCAGCAUCGCCUCCCAAACAUAAGCUCAGGCUAG